AUGGCAGACCGUAACGUUUACCAUUUCCUCACCUCCAACAAUCCAAGACCCACCAAACGACAAGCUCAUCACCCUCACCAACAUCAACAACCGCCGCUACCUCCCCCUGCACCACCCACUGCCACCCGCCUCUUUCAAUGUCUCUAUUGUCCCAGAAAAUUCUACAGCUCUCAAGCUCUGGGUGGCCACCAAAAUGCCCACAAGCGUGAGCGAGCAGCUGCACGUCGAAACUUGAACUAUCCAUCCAUUAACAUUGAGGUUACUUCCCCACCCAUUUUUGGUUCUCGUCUUCCAACCCACCAACUCCCUUCUUUAGAGCACCACGCUGCACCCCUGCUCGUUGAGCAGUUCCAGCAACAGCAACCUGCACCCUUCUUCGUUGAACAGUUCCAACAACAGCAACAGUACCAGUACCAGUACCAGUAUGGGCCGUACCAGUACCCGUCCACCUCCGUUCCUCCUCACAACGUUACUUAUCACGGUUGUGGCUCCAUUACGCCUCCUACCGUUAUCACUCCCGAUGGUUCGUCUCUCCCACCCGCUGAUAAUGCUGACAAAGCCAGCUAA